AUGAACACGGAGCGUGAUAUGAAGCUCCUCACCAUUCCGAUGCAUAACUACCCAAUGUUCCUUAACCUGCUGACAACGUUCGUCUACAUCCCCAUCAGUUUUGCGUAUAUCCUGCCAAUGAUCAAGUAUGGCACUGCAAUCACUCGACAACAGCGCAGUAUUCCCAAGCAAAAGUUUGCCAUCAUGGGAGGGCUUGACUCUAUCGCCGGCAUCUUGCAAGUGUUUGCGGCUACUUACUUGGGUGGCUCACUUAUUAUUUUACUAAGUCAGGCUGCUAUCCCCAUUUCAAUGCUUAUCUCGCGACUGCUGCUGAAUGCAAAGUACUCAAGCUACCAAUAUGUGGGUGCGAUAAUUGUUUCGAUGGGGCUACUCAUUGUGCUGGGUUUUGGGGAUACCAAUAGCACUACUGGUACGAACUCGCACAUAUUGGUGCUGUGGUCCAUCGUCAUGAUCUUUAGCUGCGUCCCCAUGUGUCUGUCGAGCGUUUACAAGGAAAAGGCUCUUGGGGAGACUGAGCUAGACGCUAUUUAUUUGAAUGGCUGGAUAGCACUAUUCCAGUUUGUGUUUGCAAUCCCCUUGACAUUCCCUGCGUCCACGGUCGGAGAUCACCCAGUUAGCCCCAGUGAACUUCCAGAAAAUUUAUACGAUGGAUUGAUGUGCUACUUAGGACAAAAUACUAUUACCGACGGUGCCCACAAGGAUGACUGCGAAAAAGCGACCAUCUACGUGACGGCAUAUAUGCUGUUUAACGUGGCUUAUAAUCUGUUGAUCAUCCUGAUUCUAAAGUUUGGCAGCGCUAAUAUCCUCUGGCUCGCCAUGACCAUUAUGGUUCCUCUUGGCAAUGUCGCGUUCACGUUUCCAUUCAUGCCGGAGCACCAGCCAUUGCAUGCGAGGGAUAUCGCGGGCUUAGUAUUCAUAAUGCUAGGACUGUUUGUGUACCGCUUCAUGGCGGACGUGGCAGCAUCUUGGAACAAGCAACGGAAAGCCAUUGAUACAGGUACAGCAGUAGAUGAACUGAACCAGCCGCUUAUCAGUAGCGACACGGACAAUAGCGACGACCUGGAUCGAGAAGUGUAG